AUGGAGCUCGAUACGUUGCGCUGCUCUCUGCAGCGUAAUAGUAACUUUCGCUUUUCGUACACGUUACACAUGAAGUAUAAGCAGUCGGAGUGGUACAUGGAAAAGGGUUUAGCUGAUUUUGAACAACUUCAAGAAGCGCUAAUAUUUCACGAUUUCACGGAUGUGCCUUUACUACCAGACCUCCAGUUGUCUGGAGGCAUUGACCCUCUUUCAGACAUGUGUGACACUGAAGCGGCUUUAGAGCGAUUCAUCAGGGAGGUUUUACGUCGUCCGGAUAUGCGAUCGUGUAUCGAUGUUUUAUCAUUUUGUGAUCUCCUUCGCCGUAUGGAAAAUCCUCCACCUCCAGUUACGUCAACCCUGUUAACUAGUACUGUGCCUUCCCAUUUGUCUGUUUCCGACGUAAUUUACGUGUCUGAGGAGAAGUUGAUGAUCGUAUCAUACGAGGAGAAAACGGCACUGAGUAAAAUAGGCCGCGUAUGGUCUAUUAUCGAGCCUGAGACUCUAGGUGCUAUACGUGUUUAUAAUAUGGGGACCGACAUCACAGAGGGUGCGACUCAGCUUUUAGAGAAGCGUUUUUACAGUAAGGUUCGUGGAAUAGAGUACAUACGUGAGAGCAAGACAUUGGUUGUUGCGAAAGAUGAUGGAUACGUGGAAAUGUUCCGUAUGGACGAUGCAACCGAUUUCGAAUUUCUAGGAAGUGUAGCUCUGCAUUCUGGUCCCAUUUUGUCCAUUACCGUCCUAGACGGUAUGGGUUUUACUAGCGGUUAUGAUGACGGUAUUCGUGCUUUUGACGUUGAGCUUAAGUCAACUGUCAGUGGCGGUAAGCUUACACGUCGUUUAAACGGCGAGAAAUUGUUGACAUCUACAGCAACACAAUCUAGAAGUAUGAUGAUAGGCACUUCUAGUAACCAGGUAUACACUUAUUACAUGACGGACGACGUUCCCGUCUUUGUGGAUUGCUGCGACAUCCCCCCUCCUCUGACUAUCCGAAAAAUCCACUGUACUCCCACCAAUGUAUUUGUCGCCCAUGGUAACUGCGUAUCGUGUUUCUCAUACACUCGUUACCCCGUGGAAACUCUCCGUGGUAUGAAGGGAUCUGCUGGUGCUUCUAAUUGUACGGAGCGUGAGAUGUCUGGUAUAAACCUGAAUCGUAAAUCCGAUUCUCCAUCGAAAUCGCAGCCUACUGGAAAUACUGUGUGUUUCCCAAUGUCCAUACGAUCGGCGCAAUUUUCAAUUCAAAAUAGCGAGAGCAGUUUUUAUACAUACCAGGUCUACGAUGUGGCAUUGAGGUCGCGGGAGAAGCAGCUUCUUGUAGCUUACGACCAGGUACACAUCGUACGUGUGUUGGAGCCCGAAGGCUUAGUUCUUACCGGUGGUUCUGAUGGAGAAGUGCGGAUAUGGUGUCUCCCUGGGGCGUCUCAGCUAAAAUUGUGGACUCCUGCUUCGGCUUGA